GUUUUGUUUUUUCCUCACCAAUUACACACAGAUCUUUGAGUUUGUUGGGUGCACCUAAUUUUUGUGCUUCAAAUCCAACCAACUAACUCAGAUCUGUGCAAAAUUAAAAAAAAAAUUGAAGAUUAAAUUUUUAAUCUUUAAAACCAAAUUUCAGAUUUUGUUUUUGGAUUCAAAGAUAUGGGUCUUUGUAUCUAGACUUAUCUUCAUCUAUUUUGCUUAAUUUCUUGGGAUUUCCAGGUGUCAGAGACCCAUUUCUUCAAGCUAAAAUACCCCACUAAUUAUCUUUAAUUUUAUUUUUGUGGGUUCAUUUAACUCAGCCUCCAACCAUUUUUUGACAGCUGGCUAAGCUGUCUGAACAAAUCACUAAUAUUCCCCAUCAAUAAAGGUUUUAUCUUUUUACUGUUUUCUCUUUUGGGUUAAUGUGACAUCUUACCAAUUUUAUCACUAGAGAGAGCGUUUACGGGAAAAUAAACUAACGACGUAACAGAAUACAACUUAGCGUUUAUGCUAUUUGAGUUAUAAUUCAUCGGUUAGCAGAUUGAAUUUGUCCUUUACGGGAAAAAAAAGGAAGUUUUGGUUUUGAAUAUUAUUUAAAUUUUUUAAAAGAGAAGGCCCACUUGGGUUUGGUGGGCUUUCUCUAAUUUAAUUGACCAAUAAGAACCCAUUAUUUUAAAGUUUAUAAUAUAAUAUAAAAUUUCAUUUGAAAAAAAUCCACUUUUUUCUAUAAGGUGGAUGUGUUGUGUUCUUGUUGUUGAAGAGGUAGAAGAAGAAAGAAGCCAAUUGGGUGUUUUGUUUUCUCUCCUCUUUUUCCCUUUUUACCAUUUUACCCUUGUUUCUUAAUUUAUAAAAUUGGUUGCUUCAUUUGAUAUUUGUUCUACUUUAUCUAUAUAAUUUAUACCAAAUUUGAAAUUGACCUAUAUAUAAAAAUAAUUCCCCAACUUUUUUUUAUAAAUUUAAAUUUUUUAAAAUCUAAAUGCUACUUUACUUGUUGAUCACUUGUUUCUCCUUCUUCUUUCUAAAGUCUUUACCUUUAAAACCACUUCCUUCAUGGGCAAGUGAAGUUAGAUUGUUGUCACUUUGGUUUUGCAAAGAUUUAAUCUUUUUUCCAUAUUUUGGUUAUUCUAUAAAUACCCUUUUCAACUCUUGUUUUUGUUCAAUUAUGUCCCUCAAGAAAAUGGCCUUAAUAUCUCAUCAAACCCCUAAAAACACACAAAAUCAAGCAACCCGAUUCGACGAAGAAGAUGAAAUGACCGUUAUGUCCGUCUUGGACUUACCGGAAUUGGCAUUAGAAUGCAUUCUUGAGAAGCUACCACCCCAAGGGCUUUGUAGUAUGGCAGGGGUAUGUUCGUCAUUAAGAGAAAAAUGUAUGAGUGAUUAUUUAUGGGAAAAACAUAUGAAGCAAAAAUGGGGUAAAAUUAUUGGCUCUGCUGCCUAUAGAGAGUGGCAGUUUCAUUUAGUUUCAAGAAAUGAUUUUGAUUGCUUUAAACAAGGGAGACAAAAGGGAUUUAUGAAGCUUUUAUCUAUAGUUUGGCCUAUUUCUUGGAUUAAAUCUAAGGAAGAUUGUAAUAAUAAUUUGAUGAUUAAGCAGAGAUGUAGUAAUUUGCCUGCUGUUGAUUCAAUUAUGUCCUGGUAUCUUGCUCUUGAAAAUGGUAGCUUCUGGUUUCCUGCUCAGGUUUAUAACCGCGAGAAUGGGCAUGUUGGGUUUAUGUUAUCUUGUUAUGAUGCUGAUCUUAGCUAUGAUCCUCGUACGGAUACAUUUCAAGCCAGGUACCCACCACAUGGUCGGAGAGCAAUUGCCAUAGAAAAUGGUGUUACAUGGGAAAGACUUAGAUCACCACCAAUUGAUACUUCUCCACAUGAUCUUCACAUCUCUACUUGCUUGAAUGAUUUACUCCCCGGUGAUCAUAUUGAAAUUCAAUGGAGAAGAAAUAAAGAAUUUCCUUACGGUUGGUGGUAUGGUGUUGUAGGUCACUUGGACUCAUGUGAUGGUAAUGAAAAUUAUUGCCGGUGUCAUAGUAGCGAUACCGUAGUAUUGGAAUUUCAUCAGUACACUCGCGGGUCGCGGUGGAGAUGUACAAUGAUCAACAGAAAAGAGCAUAGAGAAGAAGGUAACGAGGCCGAUGGAUUCUAUGGAGGAAUUAGAAAGCUAAAUAGCAAUCAAGAAAUUUCUAGGUGGAAGCAACUUUGGCCAACUCAAGUCUUGGAAUAAUUUUUUUUAUUUCAUACUAUUAUCUAAUUAAGCAACCUGUAAAUUAUGAUGCAAAUUCAAUGUAAGAUGCUCUUACUAUAUGAUAAAUAUAGGCAUAAUUAUUUAAAAA